AUGACUGAACCACCAACGGUGGAGGAGUUGAUGGUGGCGGAUUCGCCAGCGACAAAGGAGGUGCCGAGCAGCAUCGGACCGAGGAAAGAAGCAAAGACUCCACCAUCGGCUGUUGCUGCCAAUUCCGCAAAGCAGGCAAAUCCGGCCGCGACGAAGAAGGAAAAAGACCCGAGAGGGUGUCUAGAUACAAUAAUGGAUUUCCUAAAUCCGUCCACUCCACCGCCUAGGAAACCACCAGACGCAUCAACGACGAACAGGAAUCCGUUCCGUGCAAGGUCGGACGAGGAAGAGGAGCUGAAGACGAUAACCAAGAAGUCGGCGUUGCACUGCUCGGGACUGGUUGCCGACGAAGAGACGGAGACGAUGGCGGUUAUCGCCGUCGAGCUUGCCGAGACACCGCGGGAUGGGCUACUCGCCGGAGUCGGAGUGGGCGUCGGGUUGCUCGCUGUCGGGAAAAGAAGAGGCGAGGAAGAAGGAAGGCGGUGGCGGUGGCGGUCUCCCUUCUUCAUCAACCCUAGGUAG